AUGGACAUUGCCUGUCCUGUGACCAAAACAAGAGUCAAGCCUAGUCGACAGAAUAAUCUUGAACUACUAAAUCCUGAUAUUGACCUGCUAAGGAAACAAUUCCUGAAAGCUCAGGAUCGUUAUUUGUCAACCAACAGCCAAGAAGGACAAAACCUUUUUCUGUCCAGUGGUGGAUAUGGCUCGUAUUUCACUGGAGUCAUGAUCGCCUGUGCCUUCAGUGUGAAGUUUGUGGGAUUAUUUUGUGGUGUUGCUGGUUGGGCUUUGUACACUUGCAGAGCUCUGGGAUAUUUUGGGCGACAUCUCUCGGGCCUGUUUUUGUGGGAUUAUUUGUGGUGUUUGCUGGUUGGGCUUUGUACUCUUGCAGAGCUCUGGGAUAUUUUGGGCGACAUCUCUCGGCCUGUUACUUAUACCAUAAAACACUUCAUAGCAAGAGUAUUCUGUCUCAUCAUUCUUCCAGUUUGCCUCUACGUCUCAUUUUUUUACAUUCACUUGACAGUACUCAACAAAAGUGGCAACGGAGAUGGUUUCUACAGUUCAGCAUUCCAGUCACAGCUACAAGGCAACACUCUGCACAAUGCCAGCAUGCCAAGAGAUGUGGCGUACGGAGCAGUGGUAACACUCAAAAUACACAGGACAGGUGGUGGUUACUUACACUCGCACUGGCAUCUGUACCCUGAGGGUGUGGGAGCUAGACAACAGCAGGUUACAACGUACACACACAAGGAUGACAAUAACCGCUGGGUGGUGAAGAAGUACAACAAGGAGGUGGACAAGGAAGAUGAGGUGGAGCUGGUCCGGCACGGGGACUUGAUCAGGCUCGAACACGUUGUGACACGUCGAAACCUGCACUCUCACCGGGAACCUGCUCCUGUCACCAAGAAACACUACCAGGUCACUGGAUACGGUGAGAACGGGACAGGAGACGCAAACGACGUGUGGAUGGUGCAAGUCGUAGGGGGAGUGGAGGGGGACAUUGUUUCCACGGUAACAAGCAAGCUGAGACUUGUACACUUUCUGCAACAUUGCAUUCUCACAUCCAGUGGCAAACAACUGCCUAAAUGGGCUUAUGAACAACAAGAAGUUUCUUGCAAUCCAAACCUGAGAGACAAGAACGCUAUCUGGAACGUUGAGGAUAAUAUAUUUGCUAAAUUGCCAAAUGUGAGUUUUGAGGUCUAUGCUCCGGGGUUCCUAGAGAGGCUGAUAGAGUCUCAUGCUGUCAUGCUGCAGGGUAAUGCUGGUCUCAAGCCUAAGGAAGGGGAAGUCACGUCCAGACCGUGGCAGUGGCCUAUAAACUACAGGGGUCAAUUCUUCUCCGGCAGCUCGCACCGCAUCUACCUCCUGGGCAACCCAGUCAUCUGGUGGUCUAACCUGGUCUUCCUAGUGUUGUUCCUGUUUGUGUUCCUCUGUAACGUGAUCAAGCACCAGCGAGGUUACCCUAGUCCUCCACACAUUGCAGCUAUUGAAGACAAAAUGGUCUCGAGCUGUGGUUGGCUAUUCCUAGGCUGGUGUCUACAUUACGUUCCGUUCUGGGCCAUGGGUCGUGUUUUGUACUUCCAUCACUACUUUCCUGCUUUGCUCUACAGCUCCAUGCUUUCAGGUGUACUGAUAGGAUAUGUUUUAGAAGUUUUACCACUCCUUCUUCCCGAACGUGUUGCAAUAUCAGUUUAUCAUUGGCUAAUAGGUGUGAUCAUUUCUGCAGUAGGCUACAGCUUCUAUCUGUUUGCUCCCUUGGCUUAUGGGAUGUCAGGACCAUCAGCUUCUGACCCAAACAGCACAAUGUACGGUCUGCGAUGGAUGGAGUCGUGGGAAUUCUAAUGAAGGAGAAUAGUUGUUUUUGUUUGUAAAAGAUUUAUAGAAUUGUUAAAUAGUUCUAUGUUCAGUAAGUAAUUUUAUAAGAAAGAAAUAGCGCAUAGCAAAUUGGAGAUUGGUAGACAGUGAAACUGCACAUUGAUGAUUCAAAUAUCCUCCAUCACCUUACGUACAUUUUGUGAUACCUCUUCAUGCUCAGUUCAGUUGUGAGGGAUGUUUCUUUUAAACUUCCUUGAUUUUCUUCAUCGCCAACUGUGUCCUCUUAAUUCUUGUUUGUUGGAACAUUUCCUGUUUUCUCACUAUCCUAGCACUUUGAACACGAUUGUAAGAAUUUGACGCUGUCUAUUGCACCAUUGUUGCCCAAUUACAAUAACAAAUCUCAAUCUGCUUGCAUUUGAAGCCACAUUUUUUUGCUGCUGUUGUAUCUCCUGGGUGGCUCUAAAGGCUGCAUCAUUGACACCUUCUGUUUCUCAUUCUACACGCUCUCUAUAUCCUUUUAUAGUUCCUCUAAGAUCUUGUCCUGUUGUGGUAAUUUUGACGUAUGAACACAUCGCUGAUCAGUUUUGGAAGGUGAUUCUUCAAAACUUUCAUCAUUACCUUAAUUAUUGUCCCAUAACCCCCUAUUUGAAAUGGAGGGUAAUUGUGACCUAAGUCUGGUGGCAGAAUUAGUAAAACAGGACAAGAUCUAUGAAAGGCGAUGUAGAAGGAGAAACAUCAGACGUUAAUGAUGUAAGUCAGACUUUGUCUAAAUAUGAAAUUUUACUUUGAAAGGUUUUCAUCCAGUGUAUAUGUAAUAUUUCUGUAGCCAAUUUAAUAACUGUAGCCAAUAUCUUAAGAGUUAAGAGAAUAAACAUUAGAAUAAGUCCAUCCUUUGUCCUGUUUCACAUUAAGGGUUUAACUGAUUAACAUUAACGAGGAUUACACUAGAAUGAGAGCUACACAUUUAAAAUGAAGAUCUCAUUAACAAAUAAAUAAAAGUAACAACUCAACAACAAAGAAAGAGAAAACAUAUUGAUUAUGAAUGCACUUUGCAUAAAAAUAUAAUGAGGUAUUAUGUUUCUUUUCGUGUACUUUUUAAAGAGAAAUAAUUAUCUUGACCCAGAGUAGCCUGGGACAAGCAGAAGUAGAACAUCUUGACUCUGUAGAGCCACCCAGGAGAUACUCACAACAGCGGUCAAAAAUGCGGAUUUCACAUGCAAGAAGUGCUAGGAUAGUACAAUAACCGGAAAUGUGCCACCAAACACAAGUCAGAACCAGGUACCUCAAUCUACUGUGCAUGAACCGCUUGAGAACAACAUAGAAAUCAGAGAUUCUUUAUUGAUAAUCUUUAAGAUUACAAGUAGGGUCGAUGAAAAUAAGAUGUACAUAGUUGAUGACGAGGAAAUUCAAGGAAGUUUAGAAAACCAUCUCUCACCCUCUUAAAAAGAUCUUACACGUCACAUAACAGUCCUUUAUCAGAAUGUAAAAUGAAUCACCAAUAAAAGUGGCCAUUUAAACAAUUUUCUUCAAAAGAUCACAUGAGUGGCACUCAUCUCGAAGAUUUCUGUUCAGGAACAAAUCGAACAAAUGAAACAGGAGAAUAUAGUCGGCAAAAUAACCUAAAGGUAGACGAUGCAUUGUAAAGAUUCUAUAAAAGGUCAAGUAGAAUCGGUAAAAAUGCAGAAUCUAAGCAUAGAAGAUUUUAUCACAAUUCUAAUGACACCAAAAUUAUUUAAAUCAAAUAAUAAAUAACUGAUUUAGAGCAGAUUUACUGUGACAAGGCAUGGCCCACAUUGAGAGCUGCCAUUUAUUCAGUUUUUGUAUUGUUUUUGUAAUGGUUUUGCAUAAAAAUAUAAUGAGGUAUUAUGUUUCUUUUCGUGUACUUUUUAAAGAGAAAUAAUUAUCUUGAUCCAGAGUAGCCUGGGAAAAGCAGAAGUAGAACAUCUUGACUCUGUAGAGCCAGUAGUUCUCCACAUUCGCGAGAACCUCAAUGUGGACCAUGUCUUGUCACAGUAAAUAUGCUCUAAAUCAGUUAUUUAUUAUUCGAUUUAAAUAAUUUUGGUGUCAUUAGAUUUUUAAUAAUAUUCUCUAAAAACUGUUAAUUCUCGUAAAAAAACUGCUGGUUUUAAGAUAUCCAAAGCUGAAAAGUUUUAUUAGCCGCCAUUUUGAAAAUAUUAAAAAUAAAUUCAUGAUUUUUUUCAGUAACUGGCCUUGUUAUCAUAAACAUUUGAACCAAAUUUUGUAUAAUUUAACUAUUAGUUUUUAAGAUAUUAAUUUUUUAUAAAAAAAAUACAGACAGACAGAUGGGAAACUAAGCAUUGGACACACAUGUCCAUACGGCGAAAUAUGUUUAUCUUGACUUGAGCAAUAACGUGGUAUACCUUUGUCCAGAGAGUUACAGGACACCCUGUAUACUGGGCAUCUAUUGAUCCUCCUCAGAUAUCAUCAACUGAGACCAUAAAUAUGUUUACAAUUAGAUCGUUAUGAGUGUUAAAUCCUAAUGGGCUCAUUAUAAUACAAGUAGGUGGCUGGUACUAAAAAAAUUAUGGCUUAAAGAUAAAAGAACUAAAAUUUCAAUCAAUAUUUUUGUUUCAAAAUAGCUUACAGAGUUCUUAUGCAACAAACCUUAAUAAACAUAAAUUUAUAUUGAUGGUUCGGAACCUAUCAAAUAUGACAAUGCAGUUAAAUGACAGGAAUAACGUAGUACAAUAUUAAGUAUUGAAAUAGGAAUCAUCAAUGUGCAUCAUUAACACUUUUUAUGUCAGUGGCAUAGCCAACGCUAUUGCACUCAAAGGGUUAAAAAAACCGUGCUUGGUAGAGUCGACAUGAAAAUUUCUUAUGGACAUUCUGCAGAUUUGUCAUUUCUGCCAAAUAAAUCGUAAUAUGCUCUGAGACUUUUCACGAUUUUUACAAUAUUUUAUGUAUUUAUACCAGGGUUGAAGAGUUUAGCCUGUUCGAAUUUCAGAAUCAUAUAUGCUUAUAAAAUUAAAAUUAAAUAGAUUCUAUUGCAGUCUGAGCAAAUAAUUUGUUUUAUAUGUUUUAAAAUUAAUCAAUGUUAUCAUUGUUAAGCAUUUGCACUCAAGAUUUUUAUUAUAAAAUUACUGUCAUGAAAAAUAAAAUCACUCUUGUAUUUAAAUUUUAUUUGUACUUAAACUGUACUCAAUAUGGAUCUUACUUUUUUAGAUAGAAUUUUACUAAUUAGGGUACUUGUUAGGAUGGUUGUAAUUAAGUGUUAAUCAAUUUUACAAAAUAUAAAUUUUAUUAAUUAAAAGAGAAAUUGUUUUGUCUUUUAAAUUUUAAAAUUUAUUAUUGAAUCAUAAUUUUUGUGACCACCUUCAUGUGUAUAGUUAUAAUGUAUUGUACUGACUCUAGUUCCAUUGCAAUAUUUGUGUAUUUUGUAUAAAAUGUACAAGGUUGUUCGGAAAGUACGUUGCCGAGACACGUAAUGCUACGUUCAGUGUGGCAGUGUCAUUAUGAAGGUCAUUAUGCCAUUCUCUAAAUAAGUCUUCAAAAAUGGCCACCGCAACCAAAUCUUCAGCUAACUGACUGUGAAAUACAUAGCGUUAUUAGAUUUCUUUUCGUGAAAAAAAUGCAAUUGGUGGAAAUUCAUUGUGAAUUUUGUUUUGUGUAUGGAGAAGACAUUAUAAGCUAUACUAAAGUUAAAAUGGUGCUAAUUGUUCAUGACAAAAAGCGAAAUAGCUGACUGCCUUUUGUUACCAUUCAUCAUCGUCAGACAAAGUAAUCAUUAGGUUUGUGAAAUCGGAAGGUUCACGAUCACAGACAGACCUUUCAGAUAUUUUCCUUGUCUAUAAAAACAAUCUAGAGUAUGGAAUUGUGUCUAAGAAAAUUGAUAAGGUUAAAUUUUGUGCCAGAUGGGUACCUAAACUCUUGACAGCAGAAACUGCUGUGUACGGUUACGUGAAUAAGUGGCAUAAUUUUAUUAAAUGUUAAUUAAAAAGCUUGUAUCGAGACACAAUAGUUUACAAGUUGCUCUUUCAAUAUAACACAAAAGCUGUAAAAGUUAUGUGUAUGUUUUGUAACUUUUGUUUUUUAAGUUUAUUAUUGACGAAGGAAGGUUAGAAAGGAAGACGGUAGGACCUGACGAAGAGGAUAGAAUCCAAUCCUCGAAACUUUGUGUUGUGCGUUUUAUAACCCAUAACGAUGUCAAAUGUCGAAAAUCCAGUUAAAUGUAAUUAUGUAUUUACCAAAACAACUUACUUUCCGAACGAUCCUCAUAUAUUUAGAUGUUAUCUUAUUUAGUAUUUAUUCAGAGAGUUAUAUUAUAAUUAUUAUGUUUGCUUAUAUUUUUAUACUUUUAUAAUAAAAUUGUUUCAAAAGC